CCGGCGGCCGGCAGCCGCCGAACGGAGCGAGGGAGCGGCGGCGGGGCCGCGCCGGCUCCUGCCCUGCGCUAGAAUGUUCGUUAGCUGUGCCAAUAACCAGAAGGGCAAAGGAGGCAAGGAGCUCCUACCUGCCUUUCCCACAGUUGCCAGUGUGGCUGGGCCCAGUGUUUUCAGGGCCCUCAUUCUCCUGGAAGUUUCUGCUGCCUGGUAGUGCUCUCUGACUGGCUUCAUGACACCGUUUGUCCUUAUCUCUGAUUUUGUUGGCAUGCAGAGAUUCUGCUACAUCUCUUGUGGAGCACCAGCAUACUCCUUUAUGCUCUAUUUGCAGUUUUGCAGCUGAAGGAUUUGAAUGUAUUCCCAGACACAGUGCUUGAUGGCCACAGCAGGGCACUAAACAAUAUUAGAAAAAAACCCAGCAUUGAGACCAAUAAUUUCCUCACGACCGGCCGGAAAAGCAGUAGUCAUUGCCUUCCUGGUGCAGCAUGGCAUUUAGACCUGGUGUUCUCUGCCUGUUCCUAUGGACAAUAACAGGUUCCAGUUGUGAGCAGUGCAGAGAAGGAGCCACGUACUCAGGUGCAGUAAUAUCUCCCAACUUAGAAACCACUAAAAUUAUGCGGGUUCCUCACGCUCUGUCAGUGUCCGACUGCAUCGCAGCGUGUUGUGACCUCUCUGGUUGUGACUUGUCCUGGAUGUUUGAACGGCGCUGUUACAUCGUGAACUGCCAACACAAGGACAAUUGUGAACCUAAAAAAAUUGAAACUGUAAAGUCCUACAUUACCUUUGUGCUGAGGCCUUCUCAGAGGCCAGCCUCACUACUAGGGUUUGGGCAAGUGAUCCCAAGCAUGGUCCACUCUGUGGGACUCCAGAAUGACCCGUCAGAGGAAGUGAGUAGCCUGAAGAAGCUGUCUUUGCUUGGAAAAGAUCCCAGCCUUGAGGAGAUACCUGAAUACAUUGAUGAUUAUAAAGAGUUGGAGCAGGACCCCUUUCAGGUGGGCAUCAAACACCCACAGAAGGACAGUAUGGAUUAUGCUGACUGGGGCCUGAUGGUGGCAGGUGAAAAUGGCUUCAACACUUCCACAGGUGAUGAUGGAGAUAACCAGGAAGAUUUUGCUGAAAAGAAGGGGGAGGCUGGGAAGGUGGAAAGCCUUCUGAAUAAAAACAGCUCUGAACUGACUUCCGUCAAUGAACACUCCACAGAGAGGUCAUCCCUUCCGGAGAUUACACCACUCCCUGGGAAGACACUUGAAAGGGAAGCAGCUGUUCCACUUGCACAACCUGAAGAUGCUUUGCAAAAAGAGGCUGCUACACCUUCCUUUUCUUCAGAUAAACCAGGUUUCUUCCCAGGCAUGUCAGAGAAAACCCAGACUCCCACAGUGGCCCCAGAGAAUACCACUGAAGGUGGGAUCAUGCUGCUUCCCACUAAUACUGCACCGUCUGAGCCCAGGCAGCAGUUCACACCACCUGCUACUGCUGCUAAAGCAGAUCUGCUCAGUGACUGUGUACGGUUCAACUCGAGUGAAUCCAGGAAUAUUUGCUUCCUUUGCCACUUCUUCACUCAGGUGGUCGACCGCAGAUUGGAGGUGUGGCUGUUGGCAUCUGCCUUCACACCCUCCUUCGCAGGCUUUGCCCAUUGA